CCGAGGCCGGCUGAGUCACUAAGAGCGGCAGAAGAGGAAAAACAGGUUGCCCCGAGUAGGAAGGGGGCGGGCGGAGGCGGAGGGAGUUUAAAGGCCCGCCACGCUGCCCUUGUUGGCGCUCAAGACUGGGGAGCGCUUCGCCAUGGGUGGCUGGCUUCUCCUGCUCGUGGCGGGCAGCCUCUGGGCGAGCCUCGGGGAAGGUGGCAGCCCGACGUGCGGUUAUCCGCCGCAGUUGUGGUGCAGUUCCAGCGAGAUCGCCCGAGCCUGCCAGGCAGAGAAGCAUUGCGCCAAGUGGAUCCCCAGCUCCCCACAGGCCAACUCUGUCUCUGUGAGCCUCUACUAUGAAUCCCUCUGUCCUGCCUGCCGCCAGUUCCUGGUAAUGACGCUCUUUCCCACUUGGCUGAUGCUGAAUAACAUCAUGAAUGUCACUUUGGUCCCCUAUGGGAAUGCAAAGGAGAGUAAAGAGGCCGCAAAAUGGCACUUUGAAUGCCAGCAUGGUGAAGACGAAUGCCUGGGGAACAUGAUAGAGACUUGUCUCACCCACCUGCAUCCACGUGUUGCUUUUGUGCUCAUCUUCUGCAUGGAGUCAAGUAUAGAUGUCAUCCACAACUUGCCACUGUGCCUGAAACUGUAUGCUCCUGAAAUCUCUCUAGCUAAUAUCACUGCAUGUGUAAAUGGAGACCUAGGUAACAAGCUUAUGCAUGAGAAUGCUAAACUCACCAGGGCUCUGCAACCAUCUCAUGAGUACGUGCCAUGGAUUCUCAUCAAUGGGGUCCACACUGAUAAACUUCAAACGCAAGCAGAGGAGUCUCUCUUCGAAUUGGUUUGCAAGUUGUAUAAGGGAGAUUUGCCACCUGCCUGCAGACAACCAAAGGAACUUUCUCUUCUUCCUCUUCCCCCAAAUUACACUUUCUUGAGGAAGUAACUCCACACCCAACUUGUCCCAGCUUCUGAAGGGAGAGGUGCAAGCUGAUCAGUCUGCCCAAGGAAAAGCAAAGGAAAUCUUUUGGUAUUUUAAAGCUACGUGUUAUUAUCUGUUCAAACUUCCUGCUACAAGGUGGAGUUCAGAUUUGGAAUGUAGUAAAGUCAAGGAACAGCUGCCUCUCUUUGAAGGAGGCAGCAGAAGAAAAAUCAGGGCCAGAUGUUUUGGGAAGAAGAGUGGCGUCUUGAUUUUCUCGGUGCUACAAGAGUAAACCUAUGGAAAAGUAGCUCUUGUCAUUCUCUGGAAGGAGUUACAUUUUUUAACCUCAUAAACAUUGCUGAUUUUAACCUCAUUCCUGCCUCCUAUUGAUUGUACCCCCAAAAUGGAAAUGUUGUCUUCAGAAAGAGAACGUUUUGCCUUCAGAAAGUCAAAGUUGGUCUCUUCUUGCCAAAUGACCAUCUAAUCCUGUUGGUGAUCUAGGAUAUGGGAACUUGCAUCAGAGAUAAAUCUGGGAGGUGGAGAAACUUCUUCCUAAGGACCAGUGUAUGUUACUUGCUUGGCAUCAGCUCUGUUAACACUCCUGAAGAGCCUGUUUGCUGAAUAAGGGCACAUCCAGACAGCCAAUUUAAUGUGGCUUUCCUUCCCCGAGGCAGCACAAAAACGUGUCAGCAUAAUUUGAUAGCUGGUCUCUAUCCCUGCCUUUGUAAUGAGCUCUUCUCUGUGAGUGGUGCUCUUCUGAUAGAGCAAGUUAAGGGGCAGUGGUUGAUGGAUCUCCAGGUCGUGAGAAAAACAUCCUUCCGCUGCUGUCUCUGAAACAGGCUGGGGGAGGAGGUGAGUUUCAACAAAUGGCUAGAACAGAGUUUCUCAACCUUGGGAACUUUAAGAUGUAUGGACUUCAACACCCAGAAUCCCUUAGCCACCAUGGCUGGCUGGGGAAUUCUGGGAGUUGAAGUCCACACAUCUUAAAAGUUCCCAAGGUUGAGAAACUUUGGGCUAGAAUGAUGGAUAUGGCCACCUGUUGAAACCUGAUCUGCAAAGUGAGUGGAGGGCUUCCUGCUUUGUUGAGAAGCUCUCACUCACUCUGUGGAUAAUCUUCAGAUUAUCACUCUUGCUUGUGCUCUUCCUCCAGUGCUGUCUUUUGCUUGCCUUUCUCAAUGGUUAUCACCUUCUCUCUUGCUUUGGCAUGUGCUGCAUUACUCUCUCUCAUUCCCCUGCCUUACACUCUCACACUAACGCUCAUGCUAUCACUCUUGAGCUCAGUUGUCUUUUUCACUCAGUCAUCUUUCUUUCACGCUCACUUUCUGGUCACUCACAUUCACUCAUCUGUCACUUGUUCUUCCUCUCUCAUUCACUCACAUUCACUUGCUGUAUCUCUCAUUUUGCCCAAAAAGAGCUAAUGGGACAUCUCCCAUUAGCUCUUUUUGGGCAAAAUGAGAGAUAGAGGUGGAUAGAUGGCAGGCAUGAUCCACUUUACAAGUUGUCUGUUGGGGCAUUUUUUUUUUUACACCUGUCUAGUGGUCUUACAUGAAAUCCCUAGACUCACAUAAAUAAAGCAACUGCAUGCU